CCUCUCGGAUAAACCUCACCGGAAAACCAACUACACAGAAGCGACACCUGCAGAAAACACCUGCAAAUUUCACCUGGUGAAAAAAUGGCUUCGGAUGGACCCCCCAUGGAGGAGCACCUGCUGACCCGAGUCAGACGGUGGAUCACCUCCUUUGCUGGUGGCUUUUGGCGCUUGAACAACCAACACCCUGAUGCUGAGAGGCCUCCUGCUGACCAGGAUGAAGAUAGAAGACCUCCGUCUCCUCCGCCCCAGCAGCUCCCAUCACCACCCUCUGGGAUGGAGGGGCCUCAACCAGGUCCUGCUGCUCCUUUUCCUCUUUUCUUUUCUGCUCCCUCUGCUGCUAGUUUUGCAGCUCCACAUCCUGCUCCUUAUGCCUUCCCGCAUGCUGCUCCUUAUGCCUUCCCGCAUGUUCCUCCUCCUAUCCCACACGCUGCUCUCUACAUUUUCCCGCAUGCUGCACCUCCUCUCUUGCAUGCUGCUUCUCCUUUCCUAAAUGCUGCUCCUCCUUUCCUAAAUGCUGCUCCUUCUUUCCUAAAUGCUUAUCCUCCUUUUCCACUUGCUGCUCCUCCUUUCCUAAAUGCUGUUCCUUCUUUCCUAAAUGCUGCUCCUCCUUUCUCACUUGCUGCUCCUCCUUUCCUAAAUGCUGCUCCUCCUUUCCCACAUGUUGCUCCUGCUUUCCCGCUUGCUGCUCCUGCUUUCCCGCUUGCUGCUCCUUCUUUCCAGCAUGUUCCUCUUCCUCCUGCCGCUGCUGAUGCUGAUGCUGAUGCUGAGAUCGACGUUGUUGGUCUGGAUGAAGAGGACAGGAUUGAGAUCCUUCGACCUGAAGCUGAAGACAUUGGGUCAUCCUCCCUCCGUAUUGGUAGCGACGACGGCUCUUUGGAAGAGGCCUCUCCCUCGUCUUCUGGUCUCAGCCCCUCCACAAAGAGGGACAGGGAAGAGAGCGACCCGGAAGACAGCGACCAGGAAGAGGCGGCGGCUAAGAGGCUGAGGAGGUCGGAUGACAGCGACUCAGACUGA